AUGGAGGGCCUGGGCCGCUCGUGCCUGUGGCUGCGUCGGGAGCUGUCGCCCCAGCGGCCCCAGCUGCUGCUGCUGGACUGCCGAAGCCGCGAGCUGUACGAGUCGGCGCGCAUCGGCGGGGCGCUGAGCGUGGCGCUGCCGGCGCUUCUGCUGCGCCGCCUGCGGCGGGGGAGCCUGUCGGUGCGCGCGCUCCUGCCCGGGCCGCCGCUGCAGCCGCCCCCGCCCGCCCCGGUGCUCCUGUACGACCAGGGCGGGGGCCGCCACCGGCGCGGGGAGGCGGAGGCCGAGGAGUGGGAGGCCGACUCGGUGCUGGGCACUCUGCUCCAGAAGCUGCGGGAGGAAGGCUACCUGGCGUACUACCUGCAGGGUGGCUUCAGCAGAUUCCAGGCGGAGUGUCCCCACCUGUGUGAGACCAGCCUCAGCAGCCGAGGUGGCCCCAGCACAGCCCCAGGGCCCAGCCCAGUGGUGGGGCUGGGUGGCCUCUGCCUGGGCUCUGACUGCUCUGAUGCCGAAUCCGAGCCGGACCGCGACGCCAUGAGCUGUGGCCUGGAUUCAGAGGGUGCCACACCCCCCCCAGCGGGGCUGCUGCCCUCCUUCCCUGUCCAGAUCCUGCCCAACCUCUACCUGGGCAGCGCCCGGGAUUCAGCCAACGUAGAGAGCCUGGCCCAGCUGGGCAUCCGCUACAUUCUCAACGUCACCCCCAACCUCCCGAACCUCUUUGAGAAGAAUGGUGACUUUCACUACAAGCAGAUCCCCAUCUCAGACCACUGGAGCCAGAACUUGUCCCAGUUCUUUCCUGAGGCCAUUGCAUUCAUCGAUGAGGCCUUGUCCCAGAACUGCGGGGUGCUCGUUCACUGCCUGGCAGGCGUCAGCCGCUCUGUCACCGUCACCGUGGCCUACCUCAUGCAGAAGCGCCACCUCUCCCUCAACGAUGCGUACGACCUGGUCAAGCGGAAGAAGUCUAACAUCUCACCCAACUUCAACUUCAUGGGGCAGCUGCUGGACUUCGAGCGUAGCCUUCGGCUGGAGGAGCUGCGCGCCCGGGAGCGCAGCAGCGGGGGGCACAAGUCCUCGGCCUCCGACCCGCCCUCCUUCUUCACCACCCCUACCAGCGAUGGUGUCUUCGAGUUGGACCCCACAUAG